CGGGCUAUUUACAACGGAGGAUUUGCAACCUGUGACUCCUUUCUGGUAUAUAGGUACAUCGUAGGUAUCCACGGCUACUUGAGUACCUGAUCUACAGAACCCGCCUACGUACCUACCAGGUAGCUGCUUUAUAUGUAUGUACCUACCUAAUGUACCUAGAGCAGCCUUUUGUACAGUACUUGCAUCUUUUCGUUGUCCUUCUGCUUCUCCUCCGUAUCCCCUAGGCUUCGCGGACAUACACGCGCCGUAUAACGCACACCACGCAAAUACAACACCACAAUACCAUCCACCGUACCCCAUAGCGGACUCGCACACAAGUCGUACCUACAUCGCGGGAUGGAACAGGCUUCAGCUAUCGCCUACUUCCGCUUUCUUCGGGUCACCUAACCCUCUUCCACCAUCGGCUAGACACUCAGCUAACCCCCGCCCCCCUGACCAAAUCAACUUGCCUCGUUUUACCUAUUAUCUAAUUGAAAGUUCGUCAGGACAUUCCCAACAACGACCAGGUAAGGGGGGAAAGGCUACCCAUUGCUUACCUCUUCCGUGCCAAUUCCGCCACCAUCGGCUUCCACGUCUCCCUCCGCUGUCUUUGGAAGCUAGUCCAGUUGGCACGGAUUAUGCCACUAUCGCUGCUGCUCCUGACUCUUUAAUAACUCGCCUAUUCUACUUGCAAUUCUUCAGACGUCGUGCAAUCAUCUCUGGCGCUGAUAUUAAUAUUAAAAAAAAAACUGGGCCUACAAACGCGCGGAAUAACGGACUUUUCGACCGAGAGAAAAGAAGAGAGGGGGAGAAGAGCCCGGAGGAAUGAAUAAAAGGUCAUAGCUCUCUGACCACCGAACUAUUACCUAUUUCUGGCAUCGACACAGCAAAGCCCUGAUCACUUGCUCGCGCCCGUGGUAACAAAUAAUUACCUUGGCUGGCGGUACACGCGGACGCAUCACUCAUCAGCCAUACCUACCUCAGUCAAGAACAAGGCCCCAUUCACCUACCUCUCAUACCCACCCCCCUUGCCUACUCUUAUUUUAUUUUAUUUUACCUGGCUGCCCAGCUAGCUUCCCAUCAUCUUUAAUUCGUCAGUCAAAAUCGGGCGAGCCCCUCGAACAUUAUCGGCACUUAUCGACUUAUCUCUGUCCCUCUUCCCUCUUCCCUCUCUCUCUCUCGUCCUUACCCUCGCCCUCACUCUCCCGCCUCUCUAUGCCUAUCCGUCCAAUCCGUCCACUCACCCACUCCCAUCCACCCGUACCUUGGUGUACUCAUAUAGCCGUCGUCGUACAUACCUCCAUAUACGUACACCCACAACCCAAAACACGACACACACACACACAC